UGGAUGCUCCUGGCAGCAAUACAAAUCUAGCACCACCCGGGGAGGGAGUGUGUUUACUUCUUCGCUCACUUCUGCCAGGGUAGAGGAAUGCUGGACACCAAGAGACAAGGGAGGCUGCUGCGCACUGCUAUCCAGUCCCAUACCUUGGGCCUCCUCCUUUUGGAACACACAGAUGUCAGAAGCUGAGCUGGAAAAGAUAAAAGUAAGAGCAGCUGAACAUUUUGAAAAUGACAAAAAUAACAUUUCUUGGUUAAAGGAAGAUAAGCAACUCACAAAUGAAAAGCAUGCAGACGAGAAACCUAUUAAUGCUGUCGUUAUAAAUUCAGUAGCUGAAUUCAGUAUCACAGAUGGACCAGCAAAAGAAUCCCCCAAUGAGAAAAACCUGUCAGAAUCCUGCACGUCACUGUCCUCCCUUGAAGAAUGCCAAACAAGGUUUUCCUACCUUCAUACUGAUACUUCAGUUCAUCAGAGAGACACUGAUGAGGAGUGUGCCUCCCUUAUCCUCACCUGUCUGUUUUGCCAGUUUUGGGACUGCCUCCUGAUGCUCCCCGAUACGUGUGAAACGGUGUGCACCAACCUGUGCUGCCCCUCUCACAGGUACUACCAAGCCUCGGAUGAAAGCCACCCACUCAAUGACUGCACCUGCAACUGUGACAUGGACUGCAGCCUAUUUGAGUCCUGCCAUGAGACCAGCGAGUGCCUGGAGUUGGCCAUGGAGAUCUCAGAAAUCUGUUACCGCUAA